AUUUCGUUCAACCUGUUGGAGGACUACUUUCCCUUUGUCAAUAUCUGCAUCCAGCUCUGCGUGAUUUGGUUGGUUCAAUCAACAGCCAGCAUCGCGCAUAGAUACACGCUACCUCCUGUCUCUUGUUGACGAGGAUGUCAAGCGAAUAAUAUGUAUUAUAUUUGUGUCUCAACUCAAUCCCACGGAGAAAAUAUAUAAUAGAAGAAUAUUCUAGAACUUGAUAACUGUCUACGGAUUAUUUGAACAUUUAUCAUGUUCCACAUUGUUUCGUAACAGUAAGUGAUGUUUUAUUCUGCUGCGUACACUUUCUUUGGAUUUGUAAACUCUCAUUCAUUUAGGACAUUGUUUUACCCCAUCAUGAAAUGCUUCUGCACCGUAUUCCGGAAAGCACGCUUCUGUUUAAUUCUAUAAAUUAUUGAGACUCCAGCUAAGAAGAUCUGAAGAAGGAAUUGUAAUUCCGAAAUAUCAUCGGACUAUAGAUAACCAAAUUACAACAAAUUAAUGGAUGACUUUGGCACAAAACAACUUUUUUAACAUUGGAUACAUCUGGAAUAUUUAUCAUGUUCUAAAGACUAACAGAAAAUGCUUUAGAGAAGAGAUAUAAUAACCCAACUGCAAUAAAUCUAGACUGGAAUUACUGUGAAAUAUUUGCUCUGAUCUGAACUUGAAUAUAUUUACAAAGGGGUUUGCAGAAUUUUAGAUAUCAAUAAAAUCACAGUUGAUAAUACUUGAAAUAUUUCUAAGGAAUAAAUUAUAACAAGAAGAAGAAGAAGAGAAAGGAAAUUAUAUGCUGUGGUGAGAGAAGAUAAGGGAAAAUUUUAAUACUGUGAGAAACUUCAAUGGUUGGGUUUCUUUGUAUCCCUUAGAGAAAUGUCAAAAGACUUGGGAACAUCACAACAUUGGUGUGAAAUCUGUGGUAGGUCAUUCCCUAGAAGUAGUAACUUGGUUAAACACAUACGUGUUCAUACAGGUGAGAAGCCAUUUCAUUGUGUUAUCUGUGGUAGAUCAUUCUCUCAAAACAAUGACUUAACUAUACACAAACGUACUCACACAGGAGAGAAGCCAUAUGUCUGCGAUAUCUGCGGCAAAGCAUACUCAGUCAGUAGAAGCAUAAGAGGACACAGAUGUUUUCCCACAGGACGGAAGCCAUAUGGCUGUGAUAUCUGUCGUAAAUCAUUCUCUGAAAGCCAUAGUUUAAUUAAACACAAACGAAUUCAUACAGAAAAGACAACAUAUCGCUGCGAUGUCUGUGGUAAAUCAUUCUCCUCAAACAGUAUCUUCUCUAUACACAAUAGUAUUCAUACACAAGAAAAACCACAUCAUUGUGAUAUCUGUGGUAAAUCAUUCUCUGCAAACAGUACCUUAACUCAACACAAACGUAUUCAUACAGGAGAGAAGCCAUUUCACUGUGAUGUCUGUGGUAAAUCAUUCUCUGAAAACAGUACCUUAACUCAACACAAACGUAUUCAUACAGGAGAGAAGCCAUUUCACUGUGAUAUCUGUGGUCUCUCAUUUUCUCAAAAUAGUCACUUAACUAAACACAAAUUUAUACAUACAGGAGAAAGACCAUAUAAUUGUGGUAUUUGUGGCAAGGCAUUCAUUGAUAAUAGUCACUUAAAAAGACACAUACGUAUUCACACAGGAGAAAGACCAUAUCAUUGUGAUCUCUGUGAUAAGUCAUUCUCUAGAAUUACUGACUUGACUUAGACACAAACGUAUUCAUACAGGUGAGAAGCCAUUUCACUGUGACAUCUGUGGGAGAUCAUUCUCUAACAGCUCGAACUUAAUUCAACACAAACAUAUUCAUACAAGGGAAAGACCAUAUAAUUGUGAUAUCUGUGGUAAAUCGUUCUCUGACAGUGCAGUCUUAAUUCAACACAAAGGUAUUCACACGGGAGAAAGACCAUAUAAUUGUGAUUUCUGUGGUAAAUCAUUCUCUCAGAGAAGUAACUUGACUAGACAUGUAUCUAUCCAUGUAAACGUGUGAUUGUAUCAUUGUAAAAGUUCAUUAGAACACCCAACAACAACCAAUAUUUCAAAACCAUUCCCCCUGCUAAAUCAUGGCUUAACUUUUGUGCCCUUAACAGUAAUCAUUGACCCCUUGACAGUAACCAUACCUGUUUCAUGUAUCAGAUUGUUGUAUAUCUAUUCCAUAUAACAUACUUCAUGGAUAUAGGAAAGAUACUGUCAUUAUAUUUAAUGUUGUGAGUAAAUAAUAAGAUGGCAAGUUGGCAGAGUUGCUAGCAUGUCUGGUAAAAAUUCCUAUCAGCAUUUCAUCCAUGUUUAUAAAGUUAUGGAAAGAAAUGAAGGAAGGGACCAAGUUGAAGAUUGUGUUUUGGAGGUGAGAAGAAAGAAGAUAGGGAAAUGUUGUUCCUUACACUCCCAAGAAAAAGCAUAAGGUUGUGGAUAAACCAUUUCUUGAAUUUGUGGAGAGUUUAGUGAAAAUAAAUCAGCCUAGGAUCUUUACCAAAGACGAGAAUCUGGAUAUUUUCUCUGUACAAAUCAAAUUUUGUCAUAAACAUGUGAUUCACAGUCAUAAGAGAAUUGGGUGAAUGAAGAAGAAUGCAAAUGCCAUGAACCAUAACUGUGGAUAUCUUCAAUUGACGGAAUAAGCUCUCCUGUGACAUCUUGUCCAAAUUUGUUGAGACUGGAGACAUUUCAGAGCAGAAGAUGACUGGAAAUUGAAAUCGAAAGGCUUCGGUAUCUUCAUCUAAAUCUGAAUUGGUGAUUCAAUAAUUGGCCACGAGAGGAUGAAAGGCAAAGUUGACCCCUGCAGAGUCUGAACGCAGAACAUAAGGACAAAUGAAAUAUCACUAAGAAAUUUGCCAGCUUAUUUCCCCUCUUCCUUCAGAAACUGGCGAUAUACAUGAAAAUGAUGCUGAUUUUAUGCUGGGAAUUUUUUACAUUAUUUUUUUUUUUCUACUUUUCUGAGUCAGUCUUUGAAAAUUCUUUUGCUUGUCUUCUGAAAGUGAAGGUAGAAAGGUCAGGUGUUAUUCACGGUGAAGGCAAGAAGGCAUUGAAAGCCCAACUCCAGAGAAUUCCAGUGAAAUAUUCUUCUCAGCUAAGAUUGAUAGCAACAUUUCUCUUCUGCAAUAUUUGGAAUGUCUACAAGAUUUUGUAAUGAAGUUAAACUUGGAUAAUUUCAGAAUCUUCUCAGAUAUCAAGAAGGAUUACUGUCGAUGGAAAGAUAGCAUAAAGCAAUGUUUGUGAGGAAUAAUGGAUCUAAGUUCUUUCCAUUUGCAAAAUAUGCAUUUUUUAAAAGACAGUACAAAAUCUGAAACUUGGCUAUAAUAAUAUAGUUUCCCAGUCUAAUUGCUAUGAAGGUAUAAUGUUGUGAAGAAAAAAAUUAGAGGUUUAAAAAUCAUAAAAACUGUAUUUUUAUCCAGUAGCGAGACAGAAAUUUUCUGCAUUUAGCAGAGCAAUGUCAACUUCAUAGUUGUACUCUUGAAAUUUGUGGUUUAGUCUCAGUGAAAUGAAUCUUCAUUGUAGGUUUGUAAAUAAACUGAAAUACCUAAUAAAAUCAACAUGUACCAUCUUA